GAACAGGGGAAAUUAACCUCAUCAAAUCUCAUCUCAUCAGCCAAAAAAAAUUGAUACCCCCUUUGUUGUUCUUCUUCUCUUCUACAAUUUCGACUCACAUCCACACGAACAUUUGUACACACCACUGCGAUGUCAAUCACACAAACCAACCUGGAUAACAUCCUGCCACUCGUUGCGCGUGGUAAAGUGCGUGACAUCUACGAAGUGGACGAGAAGACCUUGCUCUUUGUUGCAACGGACAGAAUCUCUGCCUAUGAUGUGAUUAUGGAGAACGGUAUCCCACAGAAGGGUCAGCUAUUGACGCAGUUGUCCGAGUUCUGGUUUGAGUUCCUCAAGCCGUACAUCAAGACACACCUUAUAGAGGUGGAUGACAUUUUUGCCCAUCUGCCUAAGGAGCUCAGCGAGGACAAGUACAAGUCACAGCUACAAGGGCGUUCGCUGUUGGUGAGAAAGUACAAGCUGGUUCCGCUGGAGGUCAUUGUCAGGGGCUACAUCACGGGUUCUGCCUGGAAGGAGUACAAGAAGUCCGGUACUGUUCAUGGUGUCAAGGCUGCGGAGGGUCUUCAGGAAUCUCAAGAGUUCCCAACUCCAAUAUUCACACCUUCGACGAAGGCUGAACAGGGCGAGCACGACGAGAACAUCUCUGUGGAGCAAGCCGAGGCCAUUGUCGGUAAGGAAUUGGCCGACAAGAUUGGUAAAGUUGCCGUUGAGUUGUACUCUAAGGCCAAAGAGUACGCUGCCGGCAGAGGUAUCAUCAUUGCCGAUACCAAGUUUGAAUUCGGGCUCGAUGAUGACAACGAGCUUGUGCUUGUAGAUGAGGUGUUGACACCAGACUCUUCUAGAUUCUGGAAUGCGAAGACAUAUGAAGUCGGUAAGGGCCAAGACUCCUAUGAUAAGCAAUUCUUGAGAGAUUGGCUCACUUCCAACGGCCUCGCUGGUAAAGAAGGUGUCAGUAUGACCGAGGACAUUGCCACUAGAUCUAGAGCCAAGUACGUUGAGGCCUAUGAAGCACUGACAGGUAAGAAAUGGGAGUAAAUUGCUCACACACACUUGCCUUUCCUCCCUCCCUGUUUAUGGUCAUAGUUUGACGAUAAUACACGUUAUAAUGAUAAAUAUAUAUGCAUAAAGGGUCGUUAUAUAAAUGGUUCCGAUGACCAAAACACUCACCAGCGUUGGUUAUUGUUGAACCUUCUAAGGAAUGGCGAAGGUAGCACGGAUGAGUCGUCCUGUAGCACUUGAGCCUUUUCAAAGAGCUUUGCAUUCUUUGUGAGUAAUGCGUUAGGCUUUGGA